AUGGUCUCCACAGGACAAAGCUGGCCUUUGCUGACACUUGGCCUCCUACUGGGGCUUCAUCAAACUUCCUGUUUGUGGAUUCUCAAUGUUAUAUUCCCUCCUGAUUCUAAAGCUCAAAACCAGAGCAGUAUUACACCACCACUCAUUAUUGUGCCAGGAAACUUGGGGAACCGUUUGGAAGCAAAGAUAGACAAGCCACAACUAGUCCAUUGGCUGUGCUACAAGAAAACAGAACACUGGUUCCCCUUGUGGAUUGACCUCAACAUGUUCAUGCCUAUUGGUGUCGACUGCUGGAUCGAUAACAUUAGACUUGUUUACAACAGGACGACAAGACAGUCAUUCAACUCACCAGGGGUGCAGGUGCGGGUUCCAGGGUUUGGACAAACCUAUCCCAUUGAGUUUCUUGACAAUAACAAUUUGGCUGGCUAUUUUCACACAAUGGUGAAACAUUUAGUCAACAUUGGCUACACUCGGAAUGAGACUGUCCGAGGAGCACCAUAUGAUUGGAGAUUAACUCCCAAUGAGAAUGCAGAGUACCUAAUGAAGUUGAAGGAGUUGGUGGAACAGAUGUAUGCCCAGUACCAGGAGCCUGUUUACUUGCUGGGACACAGCAUGGGCUGCCAUUAUGUCCUUUAUUUCCUCAACCGGCAGCCUCAGGCCUGGAAGGACAAGUACAUUAGGGGCUUCAUUUCUCUAGCAGCUCCAUGGGGAGGAGCAGUCAAAGUAAUGAGAGUCAUGGCGUCAGGUGAAAAUGAUGGCAUCCCAAUGAUUUCCAACAUCAAGAUUCGCGAGGAGCAAAGAAUGGCUACUACUAACCCCUGGAUGCUGCCAACAAAGAAAGCAUGGCCUAAAGACCACGUCUUCUUAUCCACGCCAAAUUUCAACUACACGAGACAGGACUACCAGCGAUACUUCAACGACAUCAAUUUUGAAGAUGGCUGGUACAUGUGGGAAGACAGCAAGAAUCUCACAGGUGAUCUCCAUCCACCUGGUGUUGAGGUGUGGUGUAUGUACGGCGUUGGAAUACCUACUCCAGUGACGAAUAUUUACGACGACGGUUAUCCUAAUGCAGACCCCAUAGACUAUGUGUACGAAGAUGGGGAUGACACCGUGGACAGCCGAAGCAUGAGUCUUUGCAAAGAUUGGGCAGUACAGCAGGAGGAGCCUGUGCAUGUCACGGAAUACAAGGGGUUGCCACAUUUGGAUAUUGUAUUUAAUGAAAAGGUGCUUAAUCAAAUACAGAAAAUCUUGGAGGGGAACACAGAAAUACCUAAAGAAGUUGAUGUCAGAUCUGGGCAGAAAUAG